AUUGCGAUCGCCGGCGGUGGCUGUGUGUGCGUGUGUGAGAUCAGAAUUCAGGAGAAUUCAGCGAAUGGGCCACAAGUGCAGCGGAACUGCCAAGUACAAUCGGCUGCUGUGCAACUAAGUGCAUCAGCUGGUUAUCGAGGUUGUCGAACAAACGUAAUUGGCGUUGUCAUCAUUCGUAAUGCUUCAAUUACAACCAAGUUACGAAACAUAAUUUUCUGCUGCGAGGAAGUCGUAACCGUGCCUCCGGCGAGCGGAGGUCAGGACAGUUGGAAAGUGCAGAGACUUUCGUUGAGCGGCGAAUCGCCCAACAACCGUCGUAAAGGCUGUCGUCCUCAACUGCAGCCGGGCAGCAAACGUACACGGCCGGCGCCCGCUACACCGGCGUUAUCCUGCAAGGUCAAUGCCAAGGACAUCGACGAGUACCUCGACUGGCCGAACAAGGAGAACACGCCCGGAAAUGCCGUGAACGCUGCCGAGGGGACGACACAGGCACAGAUCGAGAACGACAGUCCCAACAUGGGGUCGAAUUUGAGUCGACACAAUGGAAAGGGCCUCACCGGCCGUAGAACGCAGUCAUCGGGAAAUUUGUGCGAUCCCAAAGGGAAAUUGAACAGUAUGGGCAAGAUACUAAUGCCGUGUUCGAGCGCACAGAGAGAGAGAUAUAAAUUCUGUGGCUCGUUGCCCAAUCAUCUAGAUGACAAGGACGUGCUGGACGACGAUCCAAAGGAAAAUAAUAACGUAAUGACGGAUACUAUCACCGGGAAUCUUGGUGGAACUCUACCACACAAGAAACGAUCGUUGGGCGUACAUUUUUCAGACGGUGGACCAACUGGAACUCUGGAUCUCGUGAAACAUCGAUCGCAAGAUUCUCUCGAUGAAAAUGAUCCUUGGAGGUACCAGCAGAGUGACCUUGACUUGGUGAGGUGUCGCCAUGGAAAUUUCGACUCCGUGAGAAGAAAUCGUAGCGUCGACACGGUAUCUGGAGAUUCGACAAGAAGGUACACUCGGGACACGUCCCUGGAGGACAGAUGUCACCGAAAUUCGGAUCUCGACUUGGUGGGCACGCUGCCGAAACGGAAGCAGGAAAGUAGAAACGGCGGAAAGGCGUCAGAUACGAACUCUUCGACCUCGCAGCCGCGCAUCCCUGACGCCACAGAUAACGAUCUACUGAUGCAGAUCGUGCAUAAGCCUGAUUGCGAGUUGGUCAGGCAUCGACAACAGUUUAGCAAGUGCAUCGAUUUGAAGUUGAGCAAACUGGCUGGCGGGGAACCGCAGGAUCAAGGUUACGCGUCCGAACGGUCACCCGAGGACGAACAUCCGCCCUCGUUGCCUGGACAACCGUUCCCUAAUAUAACUCCUGAGAGUACGUUCCGAGUGACGUUGCAGAAAAGCAGCAGAGGACUUGGCUUGAGCGUUUCCGGUGGUGGGACUGCCGGCCCUGUUAGGGUAAAAAGACUAUUUCCUCAACAACCGGCAGCCUUAUCCAACAAACUUCAACCUGGCGAUAUACUUCUGGCUGCCAAUGGAAUUCCUUUAACCGGCCUCACUAACUAUGAGGCCCUCGAAGUUCUACGAACGACACCCAAUACCGUCGAGUUGGUGGUGUGUCGACUUCCGGGUGAUACGAGUGUCACACCACCGGGUGCACCGCCGCCACCCCCGGCAAGGCGCGAGCCACCACCACCAUUGCGAAUACUCAACCCCCUGCCACCUCUUCAAAUCGAACCCUGCGGCGAAUUCGACAUAGAAAUGACAAAGGUCGGUGGAAGUCUGGGUUUCACUCUGAGGAAGGCAGACAGCAGCGCUCUGGGUCAUUACGUGAGGGCAUUAGUGCGGGAGCCGGCGUUAAGCGACGGCAGAAUUCGACCCGGAGACAAAAUAGUCGCCGUGGACGGUGCACCGUUGUCUCCCAUGAGCCACGAAGAGGCCGUUCAAUUGCUGCGACAAUGUGGCCCGACCGUGAGACUUCGAUUGUACAGAGAUCUCGCGCAAACUCCUGUCUCCGCGCUUUCUCCGACCGAACCUGAUCAUCCACUCCGUCCACCGCGAACCAGUUUGAGACAGGAAGCCGUAGACAUGCUGUGUGAUCUAGCAGUUCGGAAGUUAUCACCAGGUACAUCAAGUGGGUCGAGCUGCAAGCAAUCAUCUGGAGCAUCUUGCAACUCUCCAAGAAGACUUCGUCGUCUUGCCACGCGUACGCCUACUGCCGAUAAUGAUCAAGAAACUCUGGAGAAGCAUCCGAGCGUGUACACGACAUCGACGGCCAGCCAGGCAGAGACAUCCGAUUCCGACCAGUGCUCGAUCAGGACGCAGAUAACGAAUUCCCAGCCAAACACACCUGGAACUGACAUAAUCGAUCCGCCACCGUUGUACGACGUUUGCGAUUCCAGCGAUUCCUCCAAGACACCGGCGCGUCCGAGUUUCCUCGAUCUGUCCGCGCCUCAAGGGAAGCCACAUUUUCAGUUUUGCAACUUGGACUCGGAUCUCGAUUAUCCUGGCGGCGUGGAAGCGAUCAUCGUGGAGGAUGAACUUGGAAACAAGGCAACCGAGACCGAUUACGAGCGUCUCGAACCGAACGUAUUGUCCAGCAACGAACACGACAGCGAUUUGCCCUCGGAGCCAGCUUCGAUGCCACCGUUGCUCUCCUCGACGAGCAGUUCGAGCGCAGCAGCAUUUAGCUACAAAAACCCGGCUUAUCAGAGCGCCAAUCCUGCCUGUGGCGCCGGCAUUGACACCGUGGCGAAAAACAAGGCUACACACUCCAGUGAUCAGGAUAUACCAGGGAAAAUCUUGGGAGCAGAAGAUCCCGGCGGCAGCAAGGGUUUGUUGAAGUGGAAAGGCGUGAUGUUCGCUCCAGAUGAUGGAAUAGAUAAAACUGAAAACAAAGAGGAGAAGCCCACGAGCGCAGCUGCCCGCAUUAAAAAUGUUGAGCAAGGAAGUGAGGUGUUCAUGGUAGAGCUGACACGUGGUUGGAAUAGUCGACUGGGAUUCAGCUUGCAACCGGAAGGAAACCGUACAGUUAUAUCAGUGGUGCACCCUGACAGCGUUGCAGCUAAGGAUGGUAGACUAAAACAAGGAGAUGUGCUUAUGAUGGUGAAUGACGAAAGCGUGGAACACAUGACAACAGCUGAUAUAAUAGAUCUGUUGCGCAAAAUAAGGGGCUCCAUUGGUAUCACGGUGAUGAGACGAAGCAAACGAGAAAACUCAACGUGACGCUAAUCAGAUGCAUAACCGAAGAACAUGAUAUUUAAAAGCUAGAAGAAAAAGAAGAAACUUUUAUGUCCAUCACGACACAUCUUUUAUUUUUCAUUUUCAAAAGUAACAUCCAACUUACGAACGAAAUAUCAUGACAAAGGUCAAUUCCUCCGACUUCGUUUCAAUAUGAAUGUUAUUCGCUCAUUAAAAGACAAUUCAUUCGUUAAUAUUUAUAAAUGUAAAUGAAGUCGACGCGCGUUGGUCGAGUGCAAUAUAUAAAUUUCACUGUGAACAAAAUUGUAAAUAUAAUACACGAAAAUCGAAACCUUAGAUGAAACUACAUUUUCAGACGUAAGACAGUCCACGCGAUUAGUGCGAAUUGCAUUCGUAGUAACGCCCCAUCAGAUACUUCAAUCUAAUUAGCGUAUAUUUCAGAAGAUACAUUGUUAACGUAGGUCGGAAUAAUAACAAGAUAUCCAGUGUGGUUUAUCCUUCGAAACGAACAUCCUUAGAGUUCAUUUAACAUAAUAAGACUGCUUUGAGAGUUUUAGAAUGUGGCGAAGGUAAAGGAGAAGUAAAAUGUUUGCCAUAUAGAUAUUUAUUUGAAAAAUACGAAAAUAUGAUAGUACUCUUUAUUUUUCCGUAAUCCUUUAAAAACUAGACACCGUGUUUGAAUAUACACAAUUGGCCAUCGCUGUUGUACAAGCAGGAUAAUAUUUUUGUAAAGCUUUUGCUCUGGACGAAUACGUCUCUGUCCUUCAGAGGAUUUGAAACCAUAAAAGAAAUUCUAUGUAUUAUCGUAAAAACUUUAUAUAUUUAUACAUCUUGUAUGAAUAUCGCAGAGAGACUAUUUAAAAUAUUUCAAACUUUAAUGAAAGUUGUUCUAACGUCAUGGAAAAACACUUUUGUUGAAAAUUAACUGAUAUAGAAAUUAUGCCAAUUGGCUUAAAUUUUAUAAGGAAAGAUUCUCGUUGCCACGUUUAUCGAUCUCUUAGAUAAAAUAAAUACACGUUACUACAAGUUCGUUAACGGUGAGAAGCCUUUAAAUAUAAUAUCGUUAAACGGUUAAAAUCAAAAUUCGAAGGUCCUGUUAUUCGGAUUUUUUAACGUGUCAGUUAAAAAUUUCAAUGGGGCGAUUAAAAUGCACGGUUUCGAAUCCUACUCCAUUAAAAGUUAACAGAUUCGUCGACACGAUAUAAUUGCUUCUUGACAAUCCGACGAUUGUCCGCUGUAAUUAAACGAGAAUUUUCUUGAAUUCUAAGAAAAUGUUACAAUGUGAUUCAUCGUGAUAAUUUUUUGGAGAAAACAAUAAAUAUAUUAAUAAGAAGAGAUUCUAUGAUAAAUAUUCUAAUUAGUAGUAAAAUAUUCCUUUAAUCGUGUAUACAAUUUCUUCGAUUAAUGUGCACAAAACGCGCUUCUGUGCACUAUCUGUAAAAGAA